GGGUACAUGAUGUAGUACUAUUUUAGCAGUGACUUUAAUCAUAAGAACACCAAGACUCAAUAAUUCAAAUAUUUAUACAUUUACUAAUUUUGAAUGGUUAAGCUGCUGAAGAAGUUUUUUACACUUUCUUUUUUAACGUUUAGUCUGUGAAUCAAACCAUAAUAUCUACCCAUAAAAACAAAAAUAACAAGUGAGUGUCAUGGGGAAAAGAAGCAUUGCAGUGACGACCAGCAGGAGUGAGUUUUUGCCAGCAGAGGGUGAAAAUAAUGAGUACGAACGACAAGGUGGAUGCUUUGUUACCACCAAGAGGGCAUUACUAUUGGUCUUUUUGGCAAUUGCUUGUUUCAUCGUUCUCGCACUCUUAAUGUAUUAUUACGGACCUAACAGUAAAGAAAAUGAGGCGGUGUCGUCAGAAAAACCUGACAUUGAGAAUCUUAUCAACAAGUCGAUUGAAAGCGUGACAUCCGACUCUCUACGCCUACCAUCUCAUGUAUAUCCGACGUUUUAUAAAUUACGAAUUCAGCCGUAUUUAAAAGAGGAAGAACCGGAAAAGAAUUUUACGUUCGUAGGAAAAGUUAUCAUCGGGAUUCGAUGCACUAAAAGAACCAAAACAAUCGUUAUGAAUGCCGGAAACAUUCAAAUUGGACAUUCCGAUGUCAGAGUCUAUACCAAAAAAAUACUAAUAAAAUCCCUUUCCCAAGUAAAAGAAGCUCCAAGUAACAUGACUACUCAAGAACAACAACAAGAAAAUAUUUCCGAUAGUAGUACUGCUCCAACUUCAGCUAUUCCUUCAACAACCCAAAAACCUACAGAAGGUGUUUCCACCACUAGCGUUAUAACGAAAGAAUCGGUUAAUUUUACGGCAAGUUCAACCACCGAAGACAUUCCAACAUCUACAUCAAAAGAGGCAACAACAGCCUCUCCACUUUCUGAUAAUGGUCUUCCAACCACCUUGCCUUCAAGUGCAACAACACCAAAAUCGUCCACUGUUGCUUCAUCGACCACUGAAAAAUCAAAGCAAGUGAAUGCCAGUUCUUCAUCACCCGUGCUGUCCAAAGGUAAUAUCGUUGAAGUUCCAGUAGAAUUUAUAGAUAACAUCCCUGUUUCCACAAAACUUGUAAUCACUGUUGGACAACUGUUGGAAGUUGAGGUAAAUUAUACCAUUGAAAUAAAAUUUUCGGGAAACAUUUCCGACCAUUUAGUUGGUUUAUAUAAAGCGCCUUAUAUUGAUUCGUCAGGAAAGGAAAGAUGGAUUAUCAAUACCAAUUUUAUGCCUGUAUAUGCCAGAAACGUUUUCCCGUGUUUUGAUGAACCUUCACUGAAAACUACUUUUGAAAUAAGUAUAGCCCGGAAAGAGAAUAUGACUGCACUUUCUAACAUGCCUUUAAAAGAAACUGAGAAUAAAUCGGAAGACGGCUGGGUCUGGGAUCAUUUUGUAAAAACUCCAAAAAUGACAACAUACUCCUUAGCUUUCUCGGUAGGUGAUUUGGAUAAUAGAGAAGUUUCUCGAGAAACCCCACAAUUUCGAAUAUGGGCUGUGGAUAAACUACACGAAUCAAACUAUUCAGCUGAAAUGUCGGUGAAAGCAUUGAACUAUCUGGAAGACUAUUUUGGAAUGAAAUACCCUUUACCAAAAUUAGAUUUUGUUGUGGUACCCGAUUUGGUUGAAGAUGCUGUUGAAAGUUGGGGUUUGGUGGCGUUUAGAGAUCAAGCACUUCUGGUGGAUCCAAAAUCAGAAAAUUGGGAAAUUAAGUCGAACAUUUUACGAAAUUUGGCCGAACCGCUGUCGCAUCAAUGGUUUGGUAAAUUGGUCACGAUGAGCAAUUGGUCAGACUUCUGGUUAAGGGAAGGCAUAGGAAAAUUUUUGGCUUUUGGUGUUGUACAGUCUAUAGAUUCUGAGAUUGGUUUUUUGGACACAUAUGUAAUUGAUAACAUACCUAUUUUAUAUGCUGAUAGUUUGAAAACAACUAAGAAAUUGUACUAUGGUAUUGAAAAUAUUGGUCAACUAAAAGAAAUGUAUAAUAGUGGUAUAGUGAAUAAAGGAACAGCUUUACUGAGAAUGCUAAACUUCACGUUAUCAGGAUCCGUUUUCAAAAAGGGAACCCAGGAUUUCAUAAAGAAAUGGUCCUUUGAAUCAACAAGUGAAGAAGAAUACUGGAAUGCUUUAGAUAAGAUCGUGUCUGAUCAGAAGAUAUUACCGGAAAACAUCACUGUUAAAGCCUUCAUGAAUAGUUGGACUAGACAAGCUGGUUAUCCAAUAGUAACAAUCAACUCCAUCAAUACGUCUGGUCAGAUUUUAUUACAUCAGCAGAGAUUUGUGGAAGGAAACACUGACAGCGAUAAUGUUUGGAUAAUUCCACUCUCUUAUAUAACAAAAUCUAAUUCAACACUUGGCAGAGUUUGGUUAAAUGGUGAAAAAGAUAAGAAAGUUGAUAUUGAACUUUCUAAUUCUAAUGAUUCGUGGAUACUUUUUAAUGCUGAUGCUGGGUUCUAUAGAGUGAAUUAUGAUAAUGAAAAUUGGAACAAACUUUUGAAUCAAAUUAACUCAGAUCCAUCGGAGAUACCUUCAUCUUGUCGCGCACAAUUGCUAUCCGACGCAUUCGAAUUGGCUUACAAAGGCAUCAUAAGUUACGAAAUACCUUUAGACUUUACGAAAUAUUUGGAGAAGAAUGAAAGACAAUUUGCUCCAUGGGAAGCUGCCAUGAGGAGUUUUCAUAAUAUAGAAUAUAUCAUAAGAAGAUCUAUGCAUUUUGGAAAAUUGCAGGUACCUUUAUAGGAAACUAGCGACCCGCCCCAGCUU